UAUUGCUCUAGCUUGUAAAAGUCAAAUAAAGCUUAGAGCUUUUACUAGGAACAAGAAGAAGAACAAGAAGAGAUAGUGGAUGCAUGCAUGGAAGGAAAGAUUAGAAUAGAAGAGCGUUCAUUGGCUCCAUUACAAGAAUAUGGUGCUUCUGAGGAUGAAUAUGUGAGCAUUUUGAUUGAGAGAGAAAAGGGUACUCUUGCUUUCAAAAAUAUUGAGUCUUUCAUAUUUGUGAAUUGCUUCAGUCAUUCACGCAUUAAUGCUCUUAAUUGGAUUCUUCAGACAAGAGCAACACUUGGUUUUAGCUUUCAAACAGCUUAUUUGUCCAUGGCAUACUUUGACAGAUUCCUUUCCAAAUGUUCCAUUGAUAAUGGUAAGUGUUGGAAAAUGAGGUUACUAUCAAUUGCAUGUCUUACUCUAGCUGCAAAGAUGGAGGAGAGUGAAGUGCCGGUGCUAACCGAGUUUCAAUCGGAAGAUUAUUGCUUCGAAAACAAAGUGAUUCAGAGAAUGGAGCUCUUGGUGCUUAGCACAUUGGAAUGGAACAUGGUUAUGAUCACCCCAUUAGUUUUCCUUCCUUAUUUCAUCACAAAGCUCUGCAAUGAAUCCCAAACAUGCCAUGUUUUGUCCAAGACUAUUCAAAUCAUCUUCACACUAAUUCAAGAGGUCAAUUUAAUGGAUCAUAGGCCAUCUGUUAUUGCGGCUGCGGCGACUUUGGUGGCAAUGGAUCAGCACUUGACAAUAGAAUCAGUAAAAUUGAAGAUGAGUUCAAUUCAUGAAUUCAGAUUUCUUGUAGCUGAAGAUAUAUUUGCAUACUAUGAUCAAAUUCAAAGUUUCUACAUUGAGAAAGAAAACUAUAAGACACAAGAGAAGGAGAGUUACACUCAAUAACCACAAAGAAAGUUUUGAAGAAGGAAAAAGUAUGUGUUCUGAAGUUUGAUGAAUUUUGUUACCUUUUGUUAUAAUCUCACUUGGACAGUGGGAUUAAAAAGAAGAGGUGGUAUUGAACUAGUGAUUGUUAUAAUGAAAAGAAAAAAGGUUUGUGUUUUUCUCCAUUUUUUCACCAUUCUUAUUUUGUCAUGUUUAUUGUAUUGGGACCCUACUUUGUGAUGAGAUGGUUGGGAUGCUAUAGUGUUUGUGUAAGUUGUUGGUUCACAAAAGUCAUGUAAAGACCAAUGUGAUUACAUCAGAUCUUUGUUUGAAUGCUUUGGAUUUUCCCUUUUUAGUUGGGACCUCUUCUUUUGGCUACAAAUUUUACA